UCUAUAUUAACGUGAAGAAAUCUGUCUUUGUGCCCACGCAGCGUUUGGAGUAUUUGGGGAACAUCAUAGACUCUGUAUCAAUGACAGUUACUUUACCUGACAGGAGGAGAGAGAAAAUAGUUCAAAGCUGCACAUGCCUUUUUCACCAGAGUCGUGACACAAUCAGGAAUGUGGCCAAAGUGAUUGGAUACUUGGUUGCUGCAAUUCCCAUGGUAGAAAUGGGGAAACUGCAUUAUAGGAAGCUGGAGAUGGCGAAAACCUCAGCAUUGCAGCGGACAGGUGGUAACUUUGACAAGUGGAUGGACAUCACGGCUGACAUGAAAAAGAUCUCCUUUGGUGGAUCACUAAUGUUGCAGUGCAGGACAGGAAAAUUUUUAGACCUGGCACAGAGUUAGACCUGUACUCUAAUGCCUCCAACCUGGGUUGGGGUGGAUGCCUUUAUGACCAAUGUAUUAAUGGCAGAUGGUCCGCAACUAAAGUGGAGUUGCAUAUAAACUCAAAGGAACUAAAAGCCAUCCUAUUUGCUGUGAAUUCCUUUGCCCAUCUGAUCAGAGGAAAGCACGUUAAGGUGUUUUGCGACAACGCAACAGUAGUAGCUUAUGUCAAUCAAAUGGGGGACACGAAAUCACCAUCCUGUUAUGACAUGUCGGAACCUCUGGGAUUGGUGUGCAGAAAACAAUGUUUGGAUUACGUGUUUUCACAUCCCAGGAAGUGGUAAUUCUAUGGCAAAUGCAGCUUCACGACAGUUUAAUAAUAGACAUGAAUGGAAAUUAAAUGUGGGAAUUUUUAGAGAGCUUUGCAACAUCUUUGGUGUCCCCAGCAUUGAUUUGUUUGCUUCUAGGUUAAAUAACCAGGUUUCUCGUUUUUGUUCUUGGCAUCCUGAUCCAGAGGCAGAACACUUUGAUGCCUUUUCCAUAACUUGGUCACAGUUUCUUCUGGUCUACAUUUUUCCCCCCUUUGCUCUGAUUGCCAGAUGCCUUCAAAAGAUGCAUGCAGAGAUGGUGAGAAGGUGGCUCAUUGUGCCCUUAUGGCCUUCACAACCUUGGAUGGGAACCCUCCUGAAGAUGCUCAUCAGGGAGCCCCAGCUAAUCAUGUGGAGGAACGACAUUCUGCGACAUCCACCUUCAGAGGAGGAACACCCAGUCAUGAAGCACACCCGGUUGAUGUUAUGUCUCUUGUCCGGCGACACCUGCAAGCAAGAGGCAUUUUGACAGCAGGGGUGUUGCCUAUGACUGCGUCAACACAGCGAGGGGAGUCCUCUCUUCACUUGGCAUUGUGGUGGAUGGAUGUUAACAGGUUUUUGAGGGGAGUCUUCAACCUGAGACCUCCUAUGCCCCGUUACACACAGACCUUGGAUGUCAAGUUAGUGCUGGAACAGCUGUGUACUCUGGAACCAUUAUGCACCCUUACGCUAAAAGAACUCACAUUGAAAUUAGUAAUGUUGAUGGCACUCACACAAGCUGCCAGAGUGCAAACGUUGCAUUUGUUAGUGUUGAAAAAUAUUCGCAUUGGGGAAACCUCUAUUUGUGUAUCAUUAGGAGACAACAUCAAGCAGUGUCACCCAAAAUUCAAUGUAAAAUUUGUGAACUUUACAGCAUAUGCUACUGAUAAGAGGCUAUGUGUUUGUGAGACAGCUACUCAGGGAGUAGCUGCGGUGGCGAGUGGACAUGUUGUGUGUGCGCUCCGUUUUUGGCUGUGGUUUUUAUAGUUAGCGAGUGGUAUUUGUGCUUGGUGUCUGUGUGUGGUGCUUUUGAGUGUUAGUGAAGU